AUGAGACAAAGGCGACAGGCCCGGUCCACAACGCCACCGGAGGAUCCGAUCGUGAUUCCUUCGGAUGUGGAGGAGACCCAUUCUGAUGGAGACGUGGAGAUCACAGGCGAACACGCCUUGGCCCCUACAGAGCGCAGAGCCUUUGCCAGGGCACAGAGACCGGGAUUUACCUUGUACCAGCCAAACGGGCCGGUUUUCCAGCCAGACAACACAGUUAGGACCGCAGGAUUACAGAGAUUCAUGCCAGCACAGAACGCGCGCCAGAGAUUCCGUGCUCGUCAUCCGAGAAGGGCUGCUACACACAGAGGACACUUCCACAACCAGGGAUUCAUUGAGAACGUACUUCGAGGCCACUUGUUUUCAAAUUAUUUGGACAACAAUUACGACACAGACAGCUCGAUGACGAGGCGAGUUUUGCGGGACCUUCGUGCGCGGGUUUCUUCCUUUGGCAACCCGCACAGCUCGGUCUUUGUUCCUGUAGCCACGAACGACGAUUACAUCACAGAAAGCGAAAACGACGAGAUACCGCGCAGCAUUAUGGACGAGAUUCGACGCAGGGAGCAGGACGAGGAGGACCGCAGAAUACGGUCGCGGUCGAACGUCGCCAACAAGAUGAAGACUACACAGGCGUCCAAGGCUGUGAUUCCUGAAGAUCAGCGCGGGAUGUUUAGCAACGGGUUAUUAUCCAACCAAACAUCGGUGUGUAUUUUGUGCGGUGUUCCGCUCGCAGAAGGCAUUCCGGCCGAUUUUAGCACAAGCACGGACGUCGAGCUGAAGCGGAAGCUGGUGGUUCAGGACAAAAUCAUUUCUCCGUGGCAGUUUGGCAGAGACUUGACCACUGCUGAUAAAGAUUUGUCGAAAAAAGUGUUUUUUGGCAAGUGUGGCCAUGUUUACUGCGGAAGAUGUAUCAACAACAUCAACAGACACGCAAAACAGAAGAACAAGCCGAAGGGCAAGCGCAAGAAGGUGGACCUGGACAAGGUGAGUGUGGAGCAGCUGGACUUGAACGACCCAGAGUACUCUGCUCCAAACAGAUGUGUGGCUCAGGACUGCAAGCGAUUGCUGACGGGAAACUACUUCUUCCGCGAGCUGUACAAAGCCCGGCACAAAGGCAAUUUUCAAGGAGUCGAAGAUGUAGAACUUUCUGUCGCGUUUGUUGAUGGCCUUGAACUCGAGCUCGUUGUGGAGUUUGCGCACGUUGAUCUUGAGGUCCUGGUUGGACUCGGAGUUGUAGGUGAUGGUGCUGUUUUUGCGGAACUUGAUCACCUUUUUAUGGUCUUUGCGGAGACUCGUCACGUCGUACGGGAACAGCAGCAGACUGGUGACGUUUUUCUCGUUGUUGUAGAUGAUCAGCUGGAGGGUUCCCUUUGGCGGGAUUUGGAACCCUGGGAACCGGCGUUUGGACCCCCGUGA